CAGCGUAUCAUGAGAGUGGACAUGCAAUUGUUGCAAUGAACACGGAAGGUGCACACCCAAUCCAUAAGGCAACGAUAAUGCCACGUGGGUCCGCCUUGGGGAUGGUGACACAGCUCCCUUCAGAUGAUGAGAGCUCAGUCAGCAAAAAACAGCUAUUAGCACGGCUUGAUGUUUGUAUGGGAGGGAGAGCUGCUGAGGAGCUUGUCUUUGGCCAAGACCAUAUCACCACAGGAGCAAGCAGUGAUCUCCAGACUGCUACUGAACUCGCCCGUUACAUGGUGGCAUCUUGUGGGAUGAGUGACACGAUCGGACCGAUUCAUAUAAAAGAACGGGCGGGUGCAGAUACGCUAUCGCGCAUUGAUGCCGAAGUGGCUAAACUCUUAAGAGAAGCUUACGACCGUGUGAAGGUUCUCCUAAAAAAGCAUGAGAAGGCAUUACAUGCUUUGGCCAGAGCUCUUCUUGAGCACGAGACAUUGAAAGCCGAAGAAAUAAAGCAAAUUCUCCUUCCUUAUGGUGAAGCUCAACCCUCUGCAGAUAGUACAGAACACCAACAACAAGAGGAUGAGGAACUUGCGUUGGUUUAGAUUUGGCUCCUCUCUACGUGUGUGGGGUCCGUUUGGCAUUAGCUUCAACUGCUCGGAGGGGAGACUCUCGGCGGGGCAACGACUCGGUACAUCAAUUUUUAUUCAAAUGAUAUAUGAAUUCUUGUCGUUUUUUUAGGCGGGAGGAUGGGGAUGGGUGCAAUAGAUUGAUUGGAAUGGACUAGUUUUUUUUUUAUUGGAUCAAAUUGUAUUUUUGUUCUAUAACUUUAGUGCAGUGUUUUGGGCAAAUUACAUGUACAGUCAUUGGGCAUUUGACAUUAUUGUACACAAACGUAUUCAUUUCCUCAUAAUUACUUCUCAUUUU